AUGGCCCCGGACAAUAUCAGGGCAACCGUGGUCGUGGCCGCGGUCGAGGAUACCACGGCUCCGGGCGCGGUCGUGGCAACUAUAACAACUCUGGGCGAGGCAGAGGCCAAGGCCCUGCUAUCCAGCAAUCCUAAGCCCCUCGAUCACGUCGCCCCUGUACCUGGACCGGAUAACCUCGAUAGUUCUCCAAUAUCCCGUGAACCCUUGGCAUCCAGGCUGUUAACUGGUAUUGCUUACUUCCUAUAUCUCCCCGUCGUAUCUCCCUUCUCCUUCUUUGACAGCAUCGUGAUCGACCAUCACUAA